AUGGCGGACGCGAAGCUGUUCACCCGCGGUAAGGUACAAGAGCUGAGAGAUGAGCUUCGAGCAUCCGGGGACAGGCGGGACAAGGGGUUCGUCCGGAAGAAGACAGCCUUGAAGAAGGUCGUUGCGAACAUGACGAUGGGGAACGACAUGUCGGCGCUGUUCCCAGAGAUCACUCAAUGUUUAGCCAUCCAGGUCCUUGAGAUCAAGAAGAUGGUAUAUCUCUACCUCGUCAACUAUGGUCGAUCCCGCCCUGAAGAGGUCACAGGCGCAAUAUCAGGCUUCCUGACGGACUGCCAUGAUCGGAAUCCGCUCAUCCGGGGUCUGGCCAUACGGACCAUGUCGUCUAUACCUCUACCUCCCAUCAUUCAGGCUCUUAUCGAUCCAUUAAGGAGCGGUUUGGAGGACCAGGAUCCAUACGUCCGCAAGACGUCGGCUUUAGCUGUUGCGAAGCUUUACGCGUCGGAUUUUGGGAAGCGGAUCAUCGACAAGGAGGGCUUUGUAGCGAUGUUGAGGGAUCUUCUGGCGGACCAGAAUCCAACGGUAGUCGCCAAUGCGGUAGCAUCCCUCGUGGAGAUCUCCGACCGGAGUACCGAUAUUUCGCUACGACUGAAUGCGACAGUAGCAGGAAAGCUAGUAGCCGCAUUAGGAGAAUGCUCAGAGUGGGGGCAAGUCUACAUCCUCGACUCCCUCCUAUCCUUCGUUCCUACAUCACAUAUGGACGCCGAGACGCUAGCCGAGCGAAUAUCGGUGCGGCUACAGCACGCCAACUCGGCAGUCGUCUUGACGACGAUCAAGGUCAUCAUGUACUUGAUGAACUAUAUGGAGGACGAGGUCUUGAUUAGGGCCUUGGAGAGGAAGAUGGGUCCCCCAUUAGUGACGCUUCUCUCCUCCGGCUCCGAAGUGCAAUACGUCGGUCUCCGGAACAUCCUCCUCAUCGUUCAACGCCGCCCUGCCAUCCUGCAAAAUGAAGUCAAAGUCUUCUUCUGCAAAUACAAUGACCCCAUCUACGUCAAACUCGCCAAGCUCGAAAUCAUGUACCGUCUCACACGCGAGGACAAUGUCGCCGAAGUCCUCGCCGAGCUCAAAGAGUACGCGUCCGAGGUCGACGUCGAUUUCGUCCGGAAAGCAGUCCGCUCGAUCGGUCGACUCGCCAUCAAGAUCGCACCCGCCGCGGACCGGUGUAUCCAAACUCUGCUCGGUCUGAUGGGUACCAAGAUCACCUAUGUCGUGCAAGAGGCGAUCGUGGUGAUUAAGGAUAUCUUCCGGCGGUAUCCUAAUCAGUACGAAAGUAUUAUUGGGAUACUGUGCGAGAAUCUGGAUGUGCUCGAUGAGCCGGAAGCCAAGUCGGCGAUGAUUUGGAUUAUUGGGCAGUAUGCGGAUAGGAUCGAGAAUAGUGAUGAGCUGCUGGAGGACUUUUGCUUUACGUUCAAGGAGGAAGCGGCGGAGGUACAACUAGCGCUGUUGACAGCGACGGUCAAGCUCUUCAUCCGACGACCGACGGCGGCACAGGAGCUGCUACCGAAGGUGCUCAAGCUGGCAACGGAGGAAGCCGAAAAUCCAGAUCUGCGCGAUAGGGGCUUCAUGUACUGGCGCCUGCUAACCUCCAACCCGGCUGCAGCGAGGGAGAUUGUCCUGUCGGAACGACCCGUCAUAUCGACCGAAACUGACAGGAUGGACAAGGGGAUGCUGGACCAGCUCCUUCUCCACACUGGAACUCUGGGUAGUAUAUACCACAAGAAUCCAAAUACAUUCAUACGUACCGCCCGAGCCCGAUACCUACCCGACUCACCCGCCCUCAACGCCUCGUCCAAACGCCACCUGAUCACCCCCUCCGGACCCGCACCCGCCCUCGCCCGCCUGACGAUCAGUACCUCCUCCGCCAACUCUGGCGCCUUAUCAACACCCACCAUCCCGUCCCGAUCUGCCAAUAUGGCGUCCUCGCCCAUGCCCGCGGCGUCACCACUGCCAGAUGCGUCGCCUGUUAAUGGGAUGCGAGGCGGCGGCGGUGGCGGGGUGGAUGAUGUGUAUGGCGAUUUGGCGGAUUUGGACUUUGGUGCGGCGGGGGGCGGGGGGAGAGGAGGGUAUGAGACGGAUGCGCCGAGGCCGAGAGGAGGGGCGGAGGAUCUGUUGUUUUGA